CAGCAAUGAAGUUCUUGGUAUUUUCCGUGUUUUUCAUCAUUUGCGUCAAUUCAAGUGAGAUUUUAAACGGAUACAUUGGAGAUUGUAGCUUAAAAAGUAGUUUUGACGCAAAUCAUGACACCUUGACAUUCAUCUGUGUGAAAAGUUUUCGUCAAACGGAUCUAUUCAGUGAAUCGGCGACAUCGACCUGUUCGGAAUACACAUUGACACCAUCCAAUACGGAAUUUUACAAAAAUCAGAUCGUGCAAAUAAGCUUUGAGGAUUGUUCGAUGUCAAAUUUGGGCUACCGCAUCUUUGAAGUGUACAAAAAUGUUACAGUGCUCAAUGCCAGUCAUCUUGGUCUUGAAUCGUUGCAGAAAUUACUGUUCCAAGAGGCAAAACAUUUAAAUCACUUGGAUGUAUCACAUAAUAACAUCGCUGAGCUGUCAUCAUUUUUGUUUGUCAAUGCUGAACACUUGAAAGAGGCAGAUUUCUCAUUCAAUCACAUCAAUCGAAUUGACUUGCUUGCAUUUGCUGGCGAUUCAAAGUUGGAACAAUUAAGUUUUGCCCACAAUAAUAUCACUACGUUGCAGAAACAACUAUUCGACUAUCUACUUAAUCUGCGGCAUUUGAAUUUAUCACACAAUUCUAUCACCAAUUUGGAAGAGCAUACAUUCGACAAUUUGACAAAUUUGAAAGUAUUGGACUUAUCAUUCAACCCACUGGAACAAUUAAGUAUCAAAACAUUUGCAUCGUUGACAAAACUUCAGCGCCUGAAUCUAUCUCACACUCAACUAACCGAAAUCAAGGCGAAAACCCUGUGCCGAUUGGAAGAACUACAAACUCUUGACCUGUCACACAACAACUUGAUCGUGUUGGACGUUCGAGCAUUUGAUGGUGGCAUAUUUUUACCCAAAUUCGAUUAUUUAAAAACACUUUUCAUCGGCGGAAAUCAACUCAACGAACUGAAUGGCUUUACAAGCGAACGAUUCCCCGUGAUGAAAAUCGUUGGCAUCCCAGAUAAUAAAUUUGAUUGCUGUUACUUGAUAAAACUGUUUCGUUCGAUCGGUUGGAAGCAACUAGAACUACCGUUCGAUGACAAUUCCAAGCAUCCAAAUCUGACCGACUCAAUGGGAGUUAAGUGCAAUUUUGGUGACGAAUUUCUAUACGAAGCAGAAAGCCCACAUUAUACAUGGGCUGAAAUUUUAACCGUCAUCUGUAUUUUACUGUUGGCUUUGCUUUUUGUUAUGGUUGGCGCGAUUAUGAAGACAACGCGAAAAUUCCGAUCAUCCAGAACAAAUGAAAACAUGAACGUGCCAUGUGAUAGCAUCUCCAAUUUUGACAAUUCAAAUAUGUAUGAUGUGCCGAAAAUUUAA